AGAAAGAACGACAAUGCCAGACGACGAUAUUAGAUCAGCACGCUCUACAAUUAAUCCCAAACUUGUAAAAUCGCGAAAAACGCAAUAAAGAUUAACUGUAUCCCUACUCCUCAGUUUCAUACGCGAUAACUUUAUCUCACAUAUUUAGGUAAUAUAUUAUGUCAAUUAAUUAGAUGGGCAUACCUGCCUCAACAGUGAUAGAAAGAGGUGGUUGCAGUAAAAUAGUGAGAGUGUAAUAAAUAGGUAGUGAAUUCAAAAUGAAGGAGAAGGCUAUUGAGACGAAAAGCGAGGUUGACGAAGUUGUUCCUGAAAGGUCGAGAUGGAGUAGUCCUUUAGAAUUCGUUGUUUCCUGCUUAGGUUACGCUGUUGGAAUUGGAAACGUGUGGAGAUUUCCGUACCUAUGCUAUAGAAAUGGAGGAGGAGUAUUUGUUCUGAUCUAUCUCCUAAUGGUAAUUUUAAUGGGAAUGCCGAUUUUUCUAUUGGAACUAGUCAUUGGGCAGUAUUCCGGUCUAGGGCCAGAUCAAUGUUUUAGCCGAAUCGCUCCAAUAUUUUCUGGUUUGGGGUAUUGUACGUUAGUCGUGAUAUAUCUAGUCACUGUGUAUUAUAUGGUUAUCAUUGCGUGGUCCGUAUUUUAUUUCUUUGCAUCAUUCAGAACCGAGCUCGGUUGGGGUUCGUGUGAUCAUGAGUUUAAUACCAAAGGUUGUUUCGAUGCGAUUGCGGAUGAAAGCUGUGGUCUAAACGCAACUUUUUAUAACUACAAAUGUACAUCCGUCGCAGAAUUAUGUAGUGAAUACAACUUCGAUCAUAUGGUAAACCGCACAUAUUGUGGGUUACAAAAUGGAACGGAGGUACACAUAAGUACAAUUAUCAACAGAACAUUAUCAUCUGAAGAAUACUUCAGUCAAUUUGUAUUGGGAAUAAAUGGUGCAACCUGGGAAAAUUUUGGAGAAUUCCGUUGGCAAUUAUUUUUAUGUCUCCUAUUUUCGUGGAUCGUAGGAUACUUCUGCGUAAUUCGUGGCAUUAAGUCAUCAGGAAAAGCUGCAUACUUCACCGCGCUAUUUCCCUACGUGAUAUUAACUGCGUUAGUUAUUAGAGGUGCCACUCUUGAGGGCGCAGUAGACGGAAUUUUACAUUACAUCACGCCGAAGUGGGAAAUGUUGGGAGACGUCGAUGUUUGGGGUAGCGCAGCGUCACAAACGUUUUAUUCUUUUGGAAUAAGUUGUGGAUCUUUAAUAACUUUAGCAUCGUACAAUAACUUUAAGAAUAACUGCAUGAAAGACGUGGUAAUUAUUGCAGCGGCCAAUUUAUUCACCUCCAUUUAUGCUGGACUUGCAAUUUUUGCUAUGCUUGGAUUUCUGGCAAAACAGUUAGAUGUUCCAAUUGAAAAUGUAGCUACGGAUGGUCCAGGACUAGCUUUUGUGGCUUAUCCGGAGGCACUUCUACGAAUUCCUAUCCCACAGCUUUGGAGUGUCUUGUUCUUCUUUAUGGUAAUCAUCCUUGGCCUUGGCAGUCAAUUCGCCGGAAUUGAAGCAGUUAGUGUUACAAUUCUUGAUAAAUGGCCGCAUUUGAGAAAACGCCAGUACCUAGUACAAAUAGGAAUUUGCCUUUCUUGCUUUAUAUUGGCAAUUCCUAUGUGCUUUAGUGGAGGAAUAUAUAUAUUUACACUUUUGGAAUGGAACACCGCAUCAUGGGCUAUUUUAUUAAUCGGUCUCGGAGAAAUUGUUUCUGUUUCCUGGGCUUACGGAUGUAGACGAUUCUUACAGCACAUGAAGGAUAUGACUAUUAGCAUGCCCAAAUUAGUGUAUUGGUAUUGGUGGGUAUGUUGGGUAAUAGUAACGCCACUUACUUUAAUUGGUGUAUUUACUUUCCAAAUGGUUAUAUUUGCACCAGCUUUAUAUGAGGACUACAUAUUUCCAGAAUGGGCCAAUAUGAUAGGUAUAUUAAUAGGGGUAUCUACAUUGGCUCCGUUACCGAUAUUUGCUAUAUAUUCAUAUUUCACAAAACCAUAUACCGGCAUGGAAUGGUUUAAACCAACUAAGGAGUGGGGACCCCAAAGUGACACUUCGGAGAGUGUCGUAAACUUGACAAGGUGUACCAGUGGAUCGAUACGUUCUAGUUACGAUUCUGGGAUUACAGUCGCUAUGGCUUCGUGAUUCGUCUAAUGUGAAUAGUUCUGUAUUAGGGUUAAGAAGUUAUGAUUACGUUAAGCUGUGUACAAAUCUGACACAUGACAAACGAUACGUUCAUUAUAAUGUAUCUGUAUGUACCUACUCUAAAGAAACUUAAAGUACGAGGGUUGUAUUUUUCCAACCUCAGAUAGAGGGUAUAGAAAUAAAAGUGUAAAUGUUUACAAUAAAACAAAUUUAUUACCAAACGUUACAUACAACUUCGGUUACUGCUCAGCAUGAUUAUCGUUUUGAUUGAGGCACUGGUCAUACUGGUAGACAAACUUUCCAAUAUCCUCUUAAAAAAACACAUAUGUAUGUAGCUUUUGGCAAUAAAUUAAUUGUACUAUACACGAUACUUCCUAUUUUAUACCUUAUCGGAGGUUGAAAAAAAAACAGCUCUCGUAAUAAGCUUCUAUCAUCAUUGUAUAAAUCAUGGAAUACUCAUUAAUUAAAGUAUCUUUCUGUAUAGAUAAUGCAUAUUUAUUUAUUACACUGAAAAAAUAUAUAGCUAGGCGAGUUCUAGCAUGACAGACUAGCCAUAUAACGCCCUCAUGUGGAUUCGUUAACAUCAUAUUACGCUGUUACCUUAUCUUUAAGAAAACGUAUUUAUUUGUAUUGA